GUGGCGCUGUUUAUGAGCGAAAAAUAACACAUGACCGCUAAAACAGUGUAAUGCUUUUGUCAAGAAACACCGAGAGACAACGGACAGCUCCGCGGUGCUGAAACUCUGUUGCAAUAGUACGCUCGUCCCUUUUUGCAGCCGAACAUACCGUGGGAUGUGUCUCUGAGUUAAUAAAUCCCAUAUCAAAAACAUUGCAGAAACGUUGAAGGACAUCACCCAUUUCAGUGCUGUAUUUCUCGCAUAGAACAAUGGAUCGCGUUGCAACAACAGGGACUUGGAAAGGGUAUGUUCUGCUUGUUGUGAUUUUCCUUUUGUUAUUUGUAAAAAACAUAUCGACUUCAGUGACUCAUUAUUCAAUACCAGAGGAAACGAAAGAAGGAUCAGUUGUCGCUAACCUCGCUACUGAUCUCGGUCUGGACGUUAAAACGCUAACAAAGAGAAAGAUGCGGCUUGAUAUCAUCGCUAGCAAAAAAUAUCUGGAUGUGAACAAAGAAACUGGCGAACUAUAUGUUGUGGAAAAGAUUGACAGAGAAAACAUUUGCCCCACAAAGUCGUCAGUGUCUUGUUAUCUCAGAGUGGAGGUCACACUGGAAAAUCCUUUGCGAAUUUUCAACAUUGAAGUAGAAAUUUUGGACAUGAAUGACAACGCCCCUCAAUUUCGCAGAGAUGCCAUUCAUCUUGACAUAUCGGAAGCGACACCAAAAGGAGAGAGAUUUUCCCUCAGCAAUGCAGUUGAUGCGGAUGUUGGAUCUAAUUCUGUUAAAACAUACUUUUUAAGUGAAAGUGAAUAUUUUAAUAUUGAGGUUCAAACUGGUAGGGAGGGGUCCAAAUUUGCAGAUUUAAUAUUAAAAAAGAUAUUAGAUCGGGAGAAGCAGGCUGUUCACAAUUUAUUACUCACAGCUGUAGAUGGGGGGACACCUGCUCGAUCGGGCACAGCCAGUAUUAUCGUUCACAUUUUGGACACAAACGAUAAUGCACCUAUGUUUGAUAAAUCUAUUUAUAACGUUAAAGUAAUAGAAAAUUCUCCUAUUGGAAGUCUUGUCAUUCACCUCAAUGCGACAGACUUGGAUGAAGCAUCAAAUUCUGAUAUAACAUACUCAUAUAGUUUAUAUACAUCAGAGAAAACGCAAGAAACGUUUAAUCUGAAUCCAACCACAGGGGAAAUUACUGUGAGAGGGAUGUUGAACUAUGAGGAUUUCAGGAUUUAUGACAUGGAAGUCAUAGCAACAGAUAAAGGAGCCAACAGUUUGUCAGGACAAUGUACUAUAAAGAUAAUAGUUGAAGACAUGAAUGACAACCACCCAGAAAUAUCUAUUAAAUCAUUUCAGAGUCCAGUCAGUGAGGACAUAGCGUUAAACACAGUGAUAGCUGUAGUUAGUGUCAGUGAUAAAGACUCAGGUGAUAAUGGAGUGGUUGAUCUUCAUAUUCCAGACAACAUGCAUUUCAAACUGAGGGAGUCCUCUGAUAACUAUUAUGAGUUAGUGGUGUCAGAGCCACUAGACCGAGAGAAGGUCCCAGAAUAUGAAAUCACUUUCACUGUGACAGACAGAGGGUCUCCUCCUUUAUCUGAUAAUGAAACUAUGACUUUGGAGCUGCUGGAUGUUAAUGAUAAUGUUCCACAGUUCCCCCAGUUAUUUAAUACUAUACGUGUUAUGGAGAAUAAUGCACCUGGAGCCUUGCUCAGCUCGCUUACUGCAUUUGACCCUGACCUCCAUGAAAACCAGUAUCUAGUUUAUUUCAUCAUAGAGAGGGAGAUUGCCAACACCUCCAUGUCCAUGCUGUUCUCCAUCAAUCCAGAGAACGGGAACCUUUACGCACUGAAAACCUUUGACUAUGAGAUUGAGAAGGAGUUUCUUUUCCACAUUGAGGCCAGAGACUCUGGUUCUCCUCCUCUCAGCAGUAACGUGACCGUUCACAUCAUCAUUGUGGACCAAAAUGACAACGCUCCAGUUAUUGUCUCCCCAUGGCGCGCUCAUGGCUCAUUGGUGGAGGAGAAGAUCCCCAGAUCCACUGAUAAAGGCUCCCUGGUGGCUAAAGUGAUCGCCAUAGACACAGACUCUGUGCACAACUCUCGGAUUACCUACCAGUUUCUGCAGGUGACUGAUGCUUCCUUGUUCAGUCUGGACCAAUACAACGGAGAGAUCCGGACUAUGAGGAUGUUCAGUUACAAAGACUCACGCCACCACAGACUGGUUGUUGUUGCCAAGGACAACGGGGAGCCUGCUCUCUCUGCUACAGUCACCAUCAAGCUGCUGACAGUGGAGACUGAUGUUAAGGCCUACUCUGACAUGACUGAGAUGCCUCUGGAAUAUGACAUCUUUUCAGACAUAAACCUGUAUCUGGUCAUCGGUCUGGGCUCGGUGUCAUUUCUCCUGCUCAUCACCAUACUGGUCACCAUCGUGCUGAAGUGUCAGAAACCCAAACCCAGCAAAGCUGCUCCUCCCAGCAGGAACAGCGUGAUCAGUGAGAGGAACUCCACCAUUGCAGACUCCACUCUGGUCUCCAACGAUGCCUACUGGUACAGUUUGUUUCUAGCAGAGACCAGGAAAGGAAAGCUGGUGGUUAGACAGCCUGUGCCAAAGGGCUCCAGAUACAUCGUGUCCAGCAUCCCGAGAGGGACAGGACUGUCAGAGACUAGUGACUCAGCAGCUUCUACUCUGCAGGUGAGAACCAUGAUGUGA